AUGUCUCAAUGUGCCGGGGGCGGCAAAACCGGCGUCGCCGCACCCGAUGCACAGGCGUGGACCGAGGUGCCGACUGCGUGCAUCAGCACAUGCGCGUCUGGAUGGAUUCUCCAGUCCGUCGAUGAUCGUCGUUCAGCCGUCGGAACGCGGUUAGACCGGAAGAAGAUUAAUAUGCUUCUUAACUUCCUUCAUUCAUCUCAUGAGAACAUUCGAGACGAUUGGAACGAGAAUUGGGAAAUACAACCCCGUAAAAGAUUCGGCUUCUCCCAAACAAACGAUCCUGAACGUCAACAUGCCCACCAGACAUGUUCAAUCGAUUUAAAUAGCAACAACAUAAACAAAGAAAGCCGCAAUAACAACAUCAACAACGUCAACAUACGAGAGAACCAGAGUGUUGACAACAAUUCACGCGGUUUCGACAAUAAUGAUAACGAGGACGACGACAAAGAAAUAGAUACAGCGAACCUCUUUAUAAAAGAUUUGGGAGGUUUGAAAGAGAUUUAUACAAAACCGAAACUCUCCCUGUUGGACUUCAAGAAGAUCAACUCGGAGAUGCUCCACAACGAUGGAUUGUGCAAAAAACCAAGGCGGUUCGACAACGUCCAAUGCAACUCCCACUUCCCGGACAAUGCACAGGAGGAGGAAAAAGGCGAAGACGAUAUGCGAAAAUGCGAGAAAGUAAACGAUGACGAGGAAUUCAGCAAAGGAAAACAGAAACACUUACGUGGAGGUGGUUUCGACGUAAGCAACAUAGAGACUUACAUGCCAAAGCUUGACUUGGAAUCGAUCGAAACGCACCUCAAAGCUGCUAGAGAAGAAGAGAAAAGAAGGAGAAAUGAGAGGGAGGAAAUCAGGCGGAGGUUGGCUUCUGGUUGUGAUUCGGAUGAAUACUACGGGACUAGAUCUACGAAAAAGCCCAGCCUUCAAACCAGACUUCAAAAUGGGAUGAAUCUACAAAUUUGUUUUAUGAAUGAAACAAGCUCUGAUACAGAGUCACCGAGUACAGAAGAGAGUAGCCCGUCAUCAGGUCAGAGCCCACCAUCACAAAAGUGCAAAGCAGAGCCACCAAAUGACAACGUUAGUGGCAAGCCAAAUUUGAAACAAACAUUAUCUGCCCGAUAUCCAAAUUCACAAGCAGAAGACUUUUUCACAAAACAGACCCAGUUGCAAGCCGAGGCUAAGUACGAAUUGUCUCAAGCCAAGGACAGAGCUCGUCUUCAGAUGGAAGCCGAACGCUCGAGCAGAAAAGACAACUCGAUCACAGAAAUGCUGCGAAAUAGCCUGAAAAAGGUGGGAGUUAGUUUAUCUGAAGAAAGGAGAAGACUAACGAGGCAACUUCUCACUGACAUGAACGUAGCUCAACUUCAAGUAAUUGUUAAUGAUCUUCAUUCUCAAAUUGAAUAUUUGAAUGAAAGCCUUGUUACUCUGCUGAUGGAACGAGAUGAGCUCCAUAUGUCACAAGAUUCUAUGUUAGUCGACAUAGAAGAUGUUACAAGAUAUCUAGGAGCAAAAGAGGAUUGCUUAAAUGUUGAAGUCAUUCGAAAUAACAAUGUUCAACCUUCACCGAACAAACAGAAGCAGUCCAGAGUUUUAAACUAUGGCAUCGAAUAGAAAAGGCACCUUGGCAUGCGAGCUGAGUAAUAUUAAAAUAGUUGUACAUAUUAAUUUUACAGAAUUAGGCAGAAUUACCAGUUUCUGUUUUUAAUAAGAAAACGAGUGAAAUAACUCAAUCCAGGUUUUUCCUUAUUAAACCAAAUCGACAUUUCUUUGAGACAAGAAAAAAAAUCCGUCAAGAAAUGAGAUGAAAAUAUAUGAAAUAAGACCAAAAUUGAUAUGUUAUACUGUUUAUCAAUACUUUUGAUUUGACAAAAUAUAAAGAUAAAAUUAAUGCAUUUAUAUUAUAUGAUUCCUAAAAAGUCAGUGAGUACCUACGCCAAUACCUCGACGUCCCCGUAUUGCUUGAUGUAAUUGUUAAAACCCAAUAUUAACCGCAUUUUGGAAGUAAAAGGCUAUUUUUCAUCCCAAUGGUGAUGCACAAUAAUUCAGUACAAAUGAUUUUAACAGCAGAAACAAUUUGUUUAUAUGCGCAUAUUUGUUUAUAAGCUACACAAUAAAAAACGCAAGCCAAAAGUAGUUACACAUGAAUUACUUUGCUUGUUUAUAUAUUUAUUAGUAAAUAGAGUUUAGACUGUAAAAUUUCAGAUCCUGUUAAUUGUUCAUAAUCAUAUCAAUAAUGUAAGAACUUUUAAACAUUAUUUUAUAUUAUGUUAUGGUGUUCUUAUUAUCAUUAUUAUGAUAUAUAUAUAAAUGACAAGGUUGAAGAAGAAAAUGUUCCUAUUGAUAUUUUUCCUAUUAAUGCUCCGAACAAUUUUGGACAAUAUUUCUGAUUUAAACGCAUUUUAGACCAGUUAAAUGAAUUUACUAUUAUUUUAUCCAUAGGUAUGAAAACAUUAACACAAUAGAAAUAAAAGUUUUAUGUAAUUAUUAAACAAAAGUUUUACAUAUAAAAAAACGAUAUUUUUAAAUUGUUUUGUGCACAUGAGUAGAACCGAGCAUAACUUCUCAUGGCAAGCUGCAAGAAUCACCCAACAGUUGUGCCAAGGGGUAUCGGCAAAGUCAUUUCAGCACUCAACAAAUGCAGUUUUAACCUAAACACAUUAAAUUUUACAUUUCUUCUUUCUUAUUUACAUACCUUUCAGUCAAGUAGGGUGAUGGAGUACUGGACUGUGAAAAAGGUUUAAAAAGUUUUCUCCUUUAACCUUGUUAGAUUAUCGCCAAGUAUUUUUAUUAAUCCAUAUUUGUAUUUGGUAGUCAUAAUUGACCAUAUUAAUUAUUUAAAUUAAUUAUACCUUUUAAAUAAUGUCUUGGUUGAUAUGAAAAACCUAGUAACGAGGUGAAGGUUGUUGGUUCGAAUCCCGCUUGUGACAUUACCUUUUUCAGCUCAACAAAGACCUCAGAUAAAAAGUAUAAUUAAUUUAGAAUUAUUAAGUGCAAGUAUAUUUUUUCCUGCAUGAAGAUUGGCUGUGUGUUUGCUCAUGCCAAUUUGCAAUUUACCAAGCAUAAAAAAUGAUAAACAACCAACUGCUGUUUUCCUUUUUGGUACAUAUUCUAUUAAGUCACGAGUAAAUAUUAAACGAUUUUAACUUCACUUAUCUAGUUACACCAUCGUUCAAAUUAUCUGUGGGUUUGUCGAUUUUGAAUAAAUCGGAUGCUUUAUAGGUUUUAUGAUUAUAUAGCAUAAUUAUAACGCUUUAUCGGGAUGGAAUUUUAAGACUGGCUAACUCAUAGAAACUAAUUAUAAUUGUUUAAAAAAAUUCACGUAUAAGAUUGUUCGGGUCUCGUAAGUAAUGAAUAGACUUAAUAUUUUUUUUAUUUGUGCUUUUAAAUGUCUCAUGAUAAAAAUGGCUUUUAUUGUAGAUGUUGUCAAAUACAUUUUAUAAAAAUGUGUUAAUUUGUUAAUAUUCACGAAGACUCUUUGAGUUUAAAAUUGGAUAUUUUGUCAUAGUAAACAUGUUCAAAUAAAUUUCUCAGAUGUUUGCCUUACAAAAGACUAUUAAAAAUAUUGAAUUGGAGAGUAAAGGACCUGCAAGUGAGUCCGUUUCAAUAAAUCAUACGUUCACAUCAUCAUAUAAAUAUAUAGAUAAAUAUGAUAAACAUAUAUCAUAUAAAUCAUUAUGUUCAUAAUUCCAUUCAUUUAAAUUUUUACAUUUUUGAUUAUUGAUUUUUUCUUUACAAGAAUAAACUUUGUCUCAAAUCCUACUUAGAUUUAAUGUUUUUCAUUAUUACUGAUAUAUUUUUGCUGUUUGAAUAUAUAUUAUUUUUAUACAGAAAAUGUUUUCUUUAUGAAUAAGUAAAUUAUUGUAUAUUUGAAAUGAUCGUUUUGUUACUCCUGAACAAAUAUAAGUAGCAAUAAAUUGUAAAGAAAUGUUUAAUAAUAUAAAUCAAUGUCUGUUACACAACACACAACUUCCUUUAUCCAUCCUUUGUGUUAGUACCACAAAAUUUUAGUAGAACAAUAAUUAAAUCAUGUAAUUAAAUAAAAUAUAAACUGUUUGUAAAACUGUA